UCAGAUGUUGAGAGGAGCGCAGGAGAGAGCAGCAGUAGAGAGAUGCAGGCAGAGGAGAGAGUUACUUUAACAUCCACUGAAGGAUCUACAGACCUUUAGAAAAGACAAGCAUGGCAACGUUUACUUUUCUUCCAGAAAUGAGCCCUUUGUUUCACAGGGUUCAUUUCUUCUGAUUUUUAAUCGCGACACUAACGGUGCAGAAUUGUGUCUCGUGAAAGUUUUCUUUUCUGAAAACGCAUUUUGAAUCGGUUUGCUGUGAAGAAUUUGGAAGAGUUUGGUUUUCUGUUUGGGAAUCGUUUUAGUGGUGUUCCGGGGGUCAGUGCCCCUUCUCUUUCCUGCUGCGUGGCUGCGAGAGGAACACAGUCAGGAUGACAGAGAUCGUGGUGACGGACUGUAAUCUGAACUCGGUGUGUGAGCGCGUGGAGCAGCACUGCUGCGUGGACGAUCCUUCAGCCAUCAAAAGACACACCAACACCGGUGCCAAACUGUGGGGCCGUGUGCGAAGUAAACUGCUCCGACAAAAGCUGGACCCACAGACCGUGCAGUCCAAAAACUGGCAUAUGGAUGUCAUAGAAAUGAAUGGGAUUAAAGUGGAGUUUUCCAUGAAGUUUACCAGUCGGGACUUAAGUUUAAAGCGGACGCCUUCUAAGAAACAGAGCGGCGUGUUUGGGGUUAAAAUCAGCGUGGUAACAAAGCGCGAGCGCUCCAAGGUGCCUUACAUUGUGCGGCAGUGCAUUGAGGAGGUGGAGAAGAGAGGGAUUGAUGAAGUGGGCAUUUACAGGAUCUCCGGAGUGGCCACAGACAUCCAGGCCCUCAAAGCAGCGUUUGACGCCAAUACCAAAGAUAUCCUGGUGAUGUUGAGUGACAUGGACAUUAACGCCAUCGCGGGGACACUGAAAUUAUAUUUCAGGGAGCUGCCAGAACCUCUUCUCACAGACCGGCUGUAUCCGGCCUUCAUGGAGGGCACUGCUCUAUCAGAUCCUGCAGCAAAGGAGAACUGCAUGAUGCAUCUGCUGCGGUCACUACCAGACCCCAAUCUCAUCACCUUCCUCACCCUACUGGAACACCUCAAGAGGGUGGCAGAGAAGGAGCCGGUCAAUAAGAUGUCUCUGCAUAAUUUGGCCACAGUGUUCGGCCCCACUCUGCUGAGACCGUCAGAGUCAGAGAGCAGCAAGGCCCACAUCACGCUGGCCUCUGAUAUCUGGUCACAUGAUGUCAUGGCACAGGUUCAGGUAUUGCUGUACUAUCUGCAGCAUCCGCCCAUAUCCUUCGCUGAGCUGAAGAAGAACACACUCUAUUUCUCAACUGACGUCUAACUCCAACAAAUGACUCCUUUCCUCUCAAACAUCGUCUUUUUUUUUGUGUACAAAGCCAACGGUCCGGCGGGGGGGACAGCGAGUGACUGUGGCCACUCUCCCCUGCGUUUGUCGUCUCCGGUCAUGUUCAUGUGUAAAAGGAGCUCGCGCUUCGCUUCAGCGCGGAGAAGAGCUGCAGCCAGAGGAAGACCAAGAUACAGCAUCACCUUAUACAGACGCUGCACUUCUCACACCCACACACACGUCCUGCCAAACACACACACACACGUCAAACACCGUCCCGUCCGAAGGUUUGUCGGUUGGAGUUGCAGAUGCAUGCUGGGAUGUCUGCAUCCGUUGUGGCGUCUCCUCUAAAGCCCAGUUCAGUGAUCCCGCAGCUGAAGCUCUCUCCCCGAAGAGACAUUCCAGUAAACAUCAGCAUUUACAUGUUUUAGACAUUAUUUGUUCAUUUUAGUUUCAAAAGCUUUUGUGCAUGUGAUAACAAGGACAGUGAGCUGUGUGUGUGUGUGUGUGUGUGUGUGUGUGAGAGAGAGAGAGUAAACGCAAUUGUUUAAAAUGCAUAUCUCAUGCUGCGAGUGUUUUCUUCUGGGCAAAACAUUAAAAUCCCAGACCUUCCUUGUCCAAGUACAUCCAGGCCAAAAAUCGCCCUAUUUAUUCUGAAUAUAUACUGUUAAUUGUGCCUGUACAGUUCAGUACACUCUGAGACUCCGUGGAGUCCUGCAUUCGCAUUUCUGGUCUAUUUUUUUUGAUUAGUUUUAACUUCCUGUCAGUAUAGACUUGAAUAUCAUACUGUAGACGAGAGAAACUAACAGUUCAACCAGCCAGCUUUCGGGACAAGAGCUGGUGUGCGGUGUAGUCAGAUUGUGGAAAAACCCGGAGAAAUGCAAAACUGUCUUGAGUUGGAGAAAAAAGCUCUCCUGUCAUCUUUGUAAGUUGAAGUGUCUGGUGAUACUUCAGUUUGUUCUGUAGAAAGAUUGUUGUUAUUUGCCCUUUUUUUUGCAUGUUCGGCUUGUCAGAUAAAAAGUGGCAGGAUAACACAAAAGUUCAUUUUCUUCUUUGUAUUUUGAUUUUAUUUAAUGACUAUUAUUAUUAUUAUUAUUAUUAUUAUUAUUAUUUUUACUCCUCUGCUGAAGACCACUGGCAGAGCGGAGGGAAAAAUGAAACUUUUCUGCUACAAAGCCAGUGACAUGUACUUCAUAAGCACUGUUAGAUUGCAAACUAUUUGAUAUUUUAAUAUAAAAGGAAAUUAAAAGCUGGUGUAUUUUAUUUCUGUUGAUGGAAAGAUAUUGAGUAUACUGUAUUAACAAGGGUAAAUGUUGAUGUGACCUUUUUUCCCCCCGUUUUUAGUAAAAUAAAUAAAAGUGUACAUUGAGCACGGCAA